CUGUUAGUAGUCCUGGUCCAUGUAUUCAGUAGCAGCCGUGUGUCAGUGCUGUGGGAUGGGCCGCUGCAGUCGCGCUCACUCUGAUGAGAGACUGACUGAUCGAGCGCGAGCGGCUCAUCCACACACUGGCCAUGUCAUGUCACGCGAGGACAGAAAGAAUGCGCUGAUCUCCCCAUCCACGACCCACACGGACGAGGACAUGUAUUAGAGGCCCCAUAAUGAAUCGCACUGAGCUGGAGAUGUCAGGGCCAAGUGUGAACCGACACAGUCGCUCAGUGAAGAGGAGACGGUGGGGAGGACUGAGGCAGCAAUGGAAACUUCUGGGUCUGUUUGAGAUUGACCAACAGCAUGAGUUCUACAGUCUCACCUGUAUGAUGAAGGAAGGGCUGUUUGCUGCUGUGCAGAACACCAUUGACAACCCUUUACCUGAUGAGCUGUGUGAGGAUGACUACAAUCUUGAGGUUACUCAAAUCCAAAAGGACUUCAGGAUGGAGACGUAUGCUGGGCCGGUGUUCGCCAGUCUGCGGCGCUCCCUGGGGAUGACGGAGAAGGAAUACCAGCAGUCCCUCUGCUCCGAAGGCAGCUACCUGCAAUUCAUCAGCAAUUCCAAGAGCAAGGCAGACUUCUUCCUAACUAAUGACAAGCGGUUCUUCUUAAAGACACAGAGUAAAAGAGAAGUGCGAUUUCUCUUGUCUAACUUGAGAAUCUACAUGGAACAUCUGGAGAAGUACCCACACUCUCUACUCGUCAAAUUUUUGGGUGUUCACAGAAUCAAAAUUUCACAUCAGAGGAUGAAGUACUUUAUUGUGAUGCAAAGUGUGUUUUACCCUGAUGACAGAAUCACAGCAAGGUAUGAUUUAAAGGGCUGUCAGGUGAGCCGGUGGACAGACCCAGCCCCUGAAGGCAGCCAGAUCAUUGUUGUUUUAAAGGAUCUUAAUUUUGAAGGACAGUUCAUUCGGUUGGAUCAGCAGCGUCCUUGGCUCCUGCGUCAAGUGGAGAUCGACACAGCCUUUCUUCAGACACUCAAUGUGUUGGACUACAGCCUCCUGCUGGCCCAUCAGCCCCUGCACCAGGAUGAACUCAGCCAGACUCUCUCUUUCGCAACACUCAUCAUGCGUACCAAAAAAUCCCUCUCUUUCUUCUCCAAACGGCCAAUGGCAGGCAGGUCAGUGAAUGCGACAUCCAGUCCAACACAUGCUGCAUCACCCACUGUUCCCGGGGUGGUGGCAGAGGAAGACUCCACACUCCUCUCCGCAGAAUUAAAUUGUGCAACAAUAACAGAAAUGCACAGUGGCAAUGGAGGAAUGGACAAUACAAGUCUUGAGGGAGAGAAAAUUGAGCAAUCCAGUAGGAUGGGAACAGAGUCAGCCGACCUACAAGAGUUCCAGGCCCAGAACCGGAGACUGCUUCCCAACUUCAAGAACCCGCUUCAUGUCAUUGAUGGACCAGAGGAGCGUUACUUCAUCGGAAUUAUCGACAUCUUCACUGUUUAUGGUUUCAAAAAGAGGCUCGAGCACCUGUGGAAGAGACUGAGACACCCACGGCAAACAUUCUCCACGGUCAGUCCUCCAGCUUACUGUCACAGGCUGUGCCAGUGGGUUCAGGACCAUACCAAAUGAAAUAAGACCGCUUGGAUAACAGAUGAUGUGCCACUGUUCACUCAUACAUACUCACCUCAUUAUGGUAAUACAGUGGAAAAAAGGACCUGAAUGUACAUUUGAGGGCAAAUGUUUUUACUCUCUUAAGUUGACCAUUUUGAAGUAUCUGUUUAUGAAUAGCUUUGUUUAAGAUGAUGCUAAUUAAAGUACUUGUUGAAACACUUUACUUCCUGAAAAAUGCAAAAGUUAAAAGUUGUUUUCAUUUAAAAUUGUUACGCAAGUAAUGGUGCACUGCGAUGACCACCGCGUUACGCUGAAGAUGCAUAGGGAUGAAGACGUGAAUAAGAGCAGCGGAGGGUGUAACCUUUGAUUUAAGUCUGUUUUUGAAAUGUUCAAUUAUGUAAUACUGAUUACAUAUAUCGCAUUCAUUGUUACCACUUAAUAUAACCAGCUGCUCGGACAGAAAGGCUUUUGAGAGUAAAUGAAACAUAUCAUGACUUACAGCUUAUCAACAGCAGCAGGGUCCCUUCUUUUAUGCUGUCUUUCAUUUUAGCAUCUGUUAUGUGAAGCUACAUAAGUGGGCAUUCAAAUGUUUUUUUUUUUUUCUGAAAUAUUUAUAAUGCAGUAUAAUAAAAGAAUGUUUAAGAUCUGUA